GCGGGCACCGCGUCAUCUGGCAAGGCAGUGGGCUCCGAGUCAACUGGUAUGACCGCGGGCACUGGGGCAGACAUUGAAUCGUCUGGCUGGACAGCGGGCAUCGGGUCACCAGGCAUCAGGUCAUUUGGCUCGACAGCGGGCACCGCAUCAUCUGGCAAGGCAGUGGCUCCGAGUCAACAGGCACGACAGUGGGCACCGGGUCAUCAGGUACCAAGGAUUGUCUGGCUCGACAGGGGGCAUCGGGCCACCAGGUAUGACAGCGGGCACUGGGUCACCAGGCAUCAGGUCAUUUGGCUCGACAGCGGGCACCGCGUCAUCUGGCAAGGCAGUGGGCUCCGAGUCAACUGGUAUGACCGCGGGCACUGGGUCAGACAUUGGAUCGUCUGACUGGACAGCGGGCAUCGGGUCACCAGGCAUCAGGUCAUUUGGCUCGACAGCGGGCACCGCGUCAUCUGGCAAGGCAGUGGGCUCCGAGUCAACAGGCACGACAGUGGGCACCGGGUCAUCAGGUACCAGAUUGUCUGGCUCGACAGCGGGCAUCGGGUCACCAGGCAUCAGGUCAUUUGGCUUGCCAGCGGGCACCGCGUCAUCUGGCAAGGCAGUGGGCACCGAGUCACCAGGUACGACAGCGGGCUCUGAGUCAAUUGGCACGACAGCGGGCACCGGAUCAUCUGGAUCAACAGCGGGCAUCGAGUCAACUGGCCUAAUAGGAUCGUCAGGCUGGAUCAGUUCAUCAUGCUGGGUAGGGGCAUCAGGCUGAA